CGCCGUCGCGAGGUGUGACGCGCACUAGCAUGUGAGAAAAGUCGCGCAGCACUCGGGAAAUUCAUUAACAGUGAGGUGUCAAUCAUAAGAAUGCAAAAAUUGGAAGACCGUCAAGAUAAAGUGGGGUAAGGAGUUAUACCCUGGUGUGGAGGUGAACACAGAUGAUGAUCCUGUGGUGUUCAAGGCGCAGAUUUUCGCACUCACCGGUGUGCAGCCUGAACGACAGAAGGUUGUCUGUAAGGGCAUCACUUUAAAGGAUGACAGCUGGGGCAAUUUUAAGUUGACUAAUAAUGCCUUAGUAUUGGUCAUGGGUAGUAAAGAGGAGGAUGUACCGGCUGCACCAGUGGAGCAGACCAGAUUCGUUGAGGACAUGAAUGAGUCAGAGCUUGCCUCUGCUCUGGAUCUGCCUGAGGGUCUGAUCAAUUUAGGUAAUACCUGUUACAUGAAUGCUACAGUCCAGUGCCUCAAAACUGUGCCAGAGUUGAAGAAUGCACUCCUCUCUUAUGAUAAAUCGUCGACCAGCGGUACGGCGGGCGACCUGACGUCGGCGCUGAGCGAGACGAUGACGGCGCUGGACGGCGGCGGCGCGGGCGCGUGCGCGGGUGCAGCGGCGCGGCUGCUGCGCGCGCUGCACGCCACGGCGCCACGCUUCGCCGAGCGCGGCCCGGGCGGCGGCCUGGCGCAGCAGGACGCCUCCGAGUGCUGGACCGAGAUCGUGCGCGCGCUGCAGCAGCGCCUGCCCGCAUCGCCCGGCUCCGUCAGCGCCGACAGGUCGUCGGUCGUAGAGCAGUACUUCGGCGGUACAUUAGACGUGGAGCUGGUGUGCACGGAGGCGGACGAGCCUCCAUCGCGCUCCAAAGAGUCCUUCCUGCAGCUGUCCUGCUUCAUCUCGCAGGACGUCAAGUAUCUGCAAUCUGGGCUCAGAUCUAAAAUGUCGGAACAGAUCACAAAAAUGUCACAAACACUAGGGAGAGACGCUAUUUACACGAAAACGUGUAAAAUCAGUCGACUACCCGCAUACCUCACCGUGCAGUUCGUGAGGUUCUAUUACAAGGAGAAGGAAGCGAUCAACGCGAAGAUCCUCAAGGACGUGAAGUUCCCACUCGACCUUGACUUGUAUGAGCUCUGUUCGCCUGAGUUGCAGGAGCGACUCGCGCCUAUGAGAAGUAAAUUUAAGGAAUUGGAAGACGCCAACGUGGAGUCAUCGCUCAGCGUGCGAAAUAAGAGCCACGGUGACAGUAAUAAAAAAGAGAGCAAAAGGAAGGCAGUGCUGCCUUACUGGUUUGAAGAUGACAUAGGCAGCAACAACAGCGGGUACUAUCGUCUCCAGGCAGUACUGACGCACCGCGGGCGGUCCUCAUCAUCGGGACACUACGUCGCGUGGGUCAGUCGCGGCAGUACGUGGCUGCGAUGCGACGACGACGCCGUUACACCUGUUACUGAAGAGGAGGUGCUCAAACUCAGCGGAGGAGGAGACUGGCACUGCGCCUACCUGCUACUCUACGGGCCGAAGAUUCUAGAAAUCCCUGACGAAGAAGAACCGAUGGUAACGGAAGUGAACGAAGACACCUCUGGCAAUCCGCCCACGGCACUCGCAUAAUCACCGCGGAAUCCGCUUCAAAUAAGGCUGAUCGCGCUUCACAUAUUAUGUUUCCGCCCAUUCAGGACUUGCAUAUUUAUUAUAUUAUAUAUACAUAUAUAUCUAUAGCAGAAAUUCAUUGAACAUCGUUUGUGUUUUAGUACAAUGCAUUUACAAUGAUAAUGGUUGCCUCUUUGUAAGACCUUUAUAGGAAAAUAUGAACUUGUUAUAAUCCUGUACAUUUGUUUCAUGCAAGGAUGUUUAUAUAAAGUCGGAUUUUUAAUUAGCUGGAUGAAACUGACUAGCUACUGAUAUCACAUUGUAGUGUUGCCAUUAUAUUGUUUAGUGGUGUGUAACAGAAAUGAUACGUUAGUUUUGUUCAGUUAAUCCUUAAUCCGUGCGUGGCCACCAUAGUUUUCUGUCUUAUAUAAAGUUGUCACGUUAUUUUUGUGCUUCAAUUUAUGUAACACCUCUAUUUGAUAGUUUAGGAAUUGUAAAAAAAACAUCAAUGAAAUUAUAUUACAUACAAAAAUAUACUAAGUAAGGGCGCUUUCAAAUCAGACACUUGUAGAAGUGCUACAGUGGCGCUGCAGCCGCGCAACUACUAAUUUGUAUAUAAUACUGCUUCUAUAGCUGCAGAGCCACUAUUUUUAACCGACUUCAAAAACAGAAGAAGGUCAUCAACUCGACGUCUUUUUGUUGUAUGUAUGUUACCCGUUAACAGAUUUUGAUGAUUCUUUUUUGUUGGAAAGAGGAUAUCUCGGUAGUGGUCCAUUUAAAUUUGAAGAAAAUAUAACACCUCUAAGUGUGGCAAACUAGGGGAUGAAUCCGGUUUCGCGCACUUUCCGGUGACCGAUUUCAAUAAAAGGCAAAGGGAUGUAAUUCCACAAACAUUUCGGGUAGGUUUUUUAGUAGUGCGAUUAUGCAGACUAGGUAAUGUACGAAUAUCACAGUAGCGGCGCGACUGCCGCAACAUUGCAGGCUCUACAAGCAUGUAAUUUCAAGGCGCCCCAAUGCUCAGAUUGUUGGUUUUACCACCCAAAUAGGAACAGCACUUGAAAAUCCUUUUGAAUCCACUAGUGGAACCAACAGUCAACAAAAAGUAUACAGAGUCCAAAUAGUUCAUUAUUUUAUUUAACAUACCUACAAUGAUAUUAUUUACCAACGUUAUUAAGUACUCAAAGAUAGAUAAAGCAUGUAGUUAGCAAGUCGUGAUGGAGCCCGUUUAUUUUGUGGCAUUUGAAAUGCUGACUUUGAUUGGUUAGACAAUUUUGUUAACUCUCGGAUAAAAUGCCAUUAAGUUCUCUUAUACAUUAUAUUGAAUUUUGUAAGACUAAUAAUUACUAAUAAAUGAU